ACAUCCAAACCAGAGCCCCAUACCAGCUACCAUGAAGAAAAUUGCCCUAGCUAAAACGAGCACACCAAGAUAGGGUACUAGAUAGCGCUACCUAGAUAGGUACUAGAUGACGUUGCAGGAGUAAGGUCCACCAGCAUUCUGCUGUGUUGUGCUUGCUGUCCUCGUUGUGAAGAUACUACUUGAAUGUAGGAAUGUUUUCAAUUAUUUUCACCAGUUAAGAUUUUUUUCUAAUGUCAAUGAAGAAAUUAGAAAUAGUGCCUGAAGGAAACCUUCAUGUGAAAACGUCUCUGUUACUCAGUUUCUGCUAGAAGAGGCAGGAAAAACUUUGAUAGAGGAUUUGCUUUGAAUAACGCUUCUGAAGAAGACAAGCUCUAAGAAGAACAUAGCUUAUUUUUGUCAUAGCGUGCUCAAUACACAUUAUAAUGUAUCCAACGAGAAGAAUGAGUAAUAAACCAAAAAACAAAAGAAAAAGGAAGGAAGAAAAAAGUCAAGAAAUGUCUACCAAUUUAAAAUACCUUUCCUUGAGCAUCCUGGUUUUUCAGACCACAAGUUUAGUCUUGACCAUGCGUUAUUCUCGGACGCUGAAGGAAGAAGGACCUCGUUACUUAUCCUCCACUGCAGUAGUUAUUGCUGAGCUUCUGAAGAUUUUGGCCUGUGUUCUCUUGGUCUACAAAGACAGCAAGUGCAAUUUACGGACUCUGAACAGAGUGCUACAUGAUGAAAUCCUUAAUAAACCCAUGGAAACUCUUAAACUUGCUAUUCCUUCAGGGAUUUAUACUCUUCAGAAUAACUUGCUGUAUGUAGCAUUGUCGAACCUCGACGCAGCCACAUACCAGGUUACGUAUCAGCUGAAAAUUCUUACCACAGCAUUGUUUUCUGUGUCCAUGCUGAGCAAGAAGUUAGGUGUAUACCAGUGGCUUUCGUUAGUAAUACUGAUGACAGGAGUGGCAUUUGUUCAGUGGCCUUCAGACUCCCAAGCACCAGCUGCUAAGGAGCAUUCGGCAGGAUCUCAGUUUGUGGGCCUGAUGGCAGUUCUGAUAGCUUGCUUUUCCAGUGGAUUUGCUGGCGUUUACUUUGAGAAAAUCUUAAAGGAAACCAAGCAGUCUGUGUGGAUCAGAAACAUUCAGCUUGGAUUUUUUGGUAGCAUAUUUGGACUGAUGGGUGUAUACAUUUAUGAUGGAGAGCAACUGUCAAAGAACGGAUUUUUUCAAGGAUACAAUAAACUUACUUGGGUAGUUGUUGUUCUACAGGCACUUGGAGGGCUGGUGAUUGCUGCUGUUAUAAAAUAUGCAGACAACAUUUUAAAGGGAUUUGCAACUUCUCUCUCUAUUAUACUGUCAACACUGAUCUCCUAUUUCUGGCUGCAAGAUUUUGUCCCUACAAGUGUCUUUUUCUUUGGAGCAGUCCUUGUAAUAGCAGCUACUUUCCUAUAUGGUUAUGAUCCUAAACCUGCAGGAAAUCCCAUUAAGGCAUAGCACACUUCCUCAUCAACCUGCUUCUCAAGAUCAUGCACUGGGGGCCUUGCUAACAAUGGCAUGUGGAAAGUGUCAUUGUGCACUGCAAGGAAAGGAUUCCUACCCUGAAUCUAUUGAAGAAAUGCUUACGAGUAGUUCUGAACAGCUGGAGGGGUUGAAGGUGAUGAUACUGCCUGUAACUGAUGAGAGGAAAAAGGCAGGGGAUCUUCCAGUGCAACUUGCUAAUAAAAACUUGAACAAAAGGUUUCCAAGAAACUGCAAUUAGGAAUGUUUACAGCUUUGACUGGGAUUGCAUCAAAAGAACUUACUGUACUGAUUGCUGCAGAAAUCCGUCCUAUGCACUCUUUGAAAGAGCACAUGACAACAUUGUCAGAUUGUAUGGGUUUGCAAUUUGACUGUAUUUAAUCUUAGCAAAUACGGUUUUUAACUGUU